AUAUGUUCUAUUAGAGGUCAUACGCGUAUGCAUAGAAGCCUCUAGUGUCAACAUACAAGGUAGUUACUAGGUACGUCCAUUGGCAUUUGUGGACUCCUGCACUGCCUGAAAUAAAAUGACGGCACURGGGCAAAACCAACACCAUUCCAUCUCUCUACUUGCCCAGGGAAAUCCACUGCAACUCGUACAAUGCCAGUUAGUCGACUGUCCUGAUUGUUCGUCAUUGGAAAGGAAACUUUAUCACUGUCCUUUAUGUCGUCGAAAAUUCCGUCUACGAUCACGACUCAAAGAACACCAUACUGCUGUUCACUGGGAAAGCCGUAUCUCCUUUGGAGAUUACAACAUGCUCAAGUGCAAGAAUACCUGUAGRGCUGUGGCAACAAGAAAGGACACAGUGAUAUGGGAUAAACCACACUAUCACUGCUUUGGGUGCAGCAAUUUGUUCAACAAAAGUCGUGCACUUUUGCACUACACAUUACAUACAGUACAGACUCAUCAACUAGAUUCAGCAAGCACAGCAAAACAAAUGCAAAUAAACACCACACAGGAACAACACCUUCAUUCACGACAUGAAACACCAGCAACAACCUUACAACAGACAGAACAACCAGUAAGCCCUCCAGCAUACAUAGAAUCAGACUCACCACUGGAGGUGACCAUACACAAUAUUGGACCAUCAGCAACUGUAUUUUCAAGAUCUUUAACAGAUCGUGUUGCMUGCCCUUACUGCAGCAAAGAAUUCCAUCCACAUUCUCUAAAGGUCCAUAUUGACAAGCAACACAGAGCUGAAAUGGCAAGCACUACAUCAAAUAUUAUCACAUCCAGCUCUUACCACGAAGGUGUCUGUGUAGAUGAAAAGAAUGGCAUAUAUUUAGUCAGAAGAAACAAAAGUGGUGCAAGUUUCUGCUCCCAUGUGCAAUAUUGCCCAAAUGGCAACCCACCUGUCAUGGCUUGCCAAGUAACAUCUUGUAAAGAUGUCAUGGAUACGGCCUCCAGGAGCGGGAUGCAAGGAUUCAUCUGCAGUCACCUUCAAUCCGUUCCUCACAUUUCAAAAAUUGUACCUUCUCCUCAACAGCUUUCCAUCAAAAGUCUUCAUUUUCUUAUCAACGAGCAACUAUUGAAACCAAGUUGGGAAGAUGAAUGUCUGAGAUACCAAGCUGUUGCUGACAGAGUUGGGGUGCCAAUGAUUGUUCAGCUUAUUGGAAAUAGUUAUAAUUCUUCUCGAUACCUAAAUUUCAGUGUAUGGAAUGAAGCCUCAGGGAAGAAGUGGUGGUCAUUUUGUGGGAGAGUCUGUGUCACUUAUGACUAUGUAAACCACAUGUGGCAUUGUAAGCAUGUCAAAGGUUCCCAAUCAUGUAUUCACAAGACGGUUGUCAAGUGGUACAUGGCAGAGACCAAGCAAUACCCUUACCAUCAAGGAGUGGGCAAUGAUGAAUGUUGCUCCGAUGACACUGAACAUGGUGAUGGAGAGUCAGAUGAUGAURACGAUGAGAUUAGCAUUCUCCACAAUUCAUGUGUAACCAUUUCAUGGCAUUAUCCACCCGAGAAAAGCUUAGCAGAAAAAAUGUCCAGGUAUGUCUACUCWWGGAAAAAGAUUCCCUUGGAUGUACCUCUCACUCUUAGAUCAGGCGCAUCUUCAUUUCCCGAGAGAUUUAUUCCUCGUGAGACACAUUGCAAAAUGUGCCCCGACAAUCCGMCUUUGAGUGAGCCAUAUACAGUGACAAAAUCUGGAAAGCUGUUGACAACAACUCCAGCUGGACUGAUAACAGGAAUUGAAAUCUGUGUAAAAUUCUGUCCUGUAUGCCAACUGCCUUAUCGCUAUCAGGAGUGGGAAGAAGGUGUGCACAAUUUUAAUGACUUUUGGCUGUUUAGCUUGGGAUUCAUGGACCUUGUUCGCCAGUUUUUCAAGGUUCACACUGCAUUUAGCCGUGUUUGUGAGGCUUUAAAACGAUGGUUAGACAUGAGUUCUGUUCCUGUAUCCGUUGUGAGGAAUGCCUACCUGCACUACGAAGCACUAUCUUGUCACCCUUACAACUACUUCUGUGUUCUUUGUGGCCACAAUCCAUACUUACUUGUCACUGAUGCUGAUAAAAAGGGUAUAUUUGAUUUAUCAGCAAGCGAACUUGAAGUCCCUGAGGAUGGGAAUGAUGAAGUUGAUGCAGAUUUUUUCUGGGAAAGUGUUGAUCUAUCCAUGAUCUUCAGAGGUUUCUCUCACACUGGCUCAUCGGAUGCGCAAAACCCCUUCACUGUAAAACCAUCAUACAAGUUUUGGGCACCAUGGGUGGGGCGUUUUACAAGGAAGGACUCUAAACUCAUCAACAGUGAACACAGAAAGUGCCGGCAUGAUCUUGACGAGGCAGAGUUUGGCACUCACUGCAAAAUGAAUGUGGAGGAUUUGAUGGAAGUUCUAGAGCAAGGAAGUGUAAAAGUCCUGAAGGAGCUAUGCCAAAAAUUGGAAAUAMCAUAUACAUCAAAGCAUGCCAAACUGGAUAUCAUAAAAAAGCUAAAAGAACAUCUAGAAAUUCCAUCACAGUUUACAAAAGUUUUCUCUAAGUUUUGGGGAGGAUCGGGUGGUUGGCUCGGAGCAGCAUGUCAGCAUGGGAUUUGCUAUGGCAUGAAAUGGCUGAUCAGACAGGAAGGCGCAAGGGAUCACGUAGAUCUUAUAAAAAGCCUGGCGUAUCAACCCAACUUUAUCAUUGUCGAUUUUGCCAACCAAGUUGCAGCCCAUGGCAAUACGCGUUGUCCUGAUAUGUUUACCCCUAAUGAAGGCUGUGUACUGCCACCAACGCCUGAGAAUAUCUCUCUUGCUAAAAUGGGCCAAGUAUCGUUGGAUAUGCCAUGGAUAGCGCGUGCUUCAAGAGGCCAACAUUUCCCAACCACAUCUACCAAAGACACCAGAUGCCACCCAAUCACUGGCAGCUCCCAGUACUUUUGUCUGUUUGACACAUUUCAUGAACAUAAUUCUUCAAAUGAUAGCGAUCUUCUUAGACGUACUCGCUGUGUYAAACAGUUAGAAGGCUGGGUUUGCACUGAAGUAAUGGAGCACAUAAACAACAUGAUGAAUAAGAAUAACUACUUCACAACGCAAAUGUCGGCUACCAACGCCAUUUUUGUUCAGCGUCUAGCAAUGGAGYUCAGUAAUGAGGCAAAAAAUCGAAAGAUAGCUUCUCUUCACCAACAGCAACUGGGGCGGCAACUUGACCUGAAUUCCAAUGGACAGCUUGUUCUUGCGACCGCACUUCCAAGUUCUGUUAGUACUACAAGGAGUUUUUUAACACCCACCGAUUCUAUUGCUGCUCUUGGCACUAACUUAGCAAUCGGACCUACUUAGUGUUUUUUUCAUGGACCUAAACACCUUCUCGUAGCUUUAUAAUUGCAUUUUGGUCGUUCUGACGUCGUUCGCAUAAGACCUGAAGGUUAAGCCUUUUGGGAAUACAUGGUCGUCAGUCUCAACUCGGAGAGCUUUUAUAGCGAAAAGAAAKUUCCUUCUCAUGGUCCUAUUUUUUAACAGAAUAGCCAACUUGCGAAUUUCGCCUCAGUAGUCACGCAUAAAGGAAUCAAGACGAGGCGCCGUGCAUAAACCUCAGUCAUUCGUGAAGUGUUUGACUACCGAGGCGAAAUUCACAAAUAGGCUAUUCCGCUAUCUUGAGUUAUUUCAACUAUGAAACGAAGUCUUGAAUGUUGAAUGCAUAAGUGUUUCUGCCACUUUUUUUUCACUGAGGCUGGAAACUUCAUCAUGUGUUAAAGAGGUAGGAAAUUAGGACAAGCGCUUUUAGAUCACAAAAAGGGGCAUGAGUUCAAAAUAAUAGACAAAUUAAAAUUGCAACAUCUAAUGGAGAACUCAUUUAACGACGUUCACUUUUUUAGUACAUUUUGGCAAAUGUUGACCGUUUCUUGUACAUGACGGCCUGCGUGAGUAAACUUUAAUUCGCAACAA